AUGGACGUCUGGAAACGGAUCGUGGCGACCUACAACCCGCACGUCAUUGACGUUGUCGGCAGCCAGGUCGUCCAGCUGCUCUUCUGGUGGCUGCCCUCGCUCCUCUACAUCCUGCUCGACACCGCCGCCCCGGCCUUUUCCGCCGCGCACAAGAUGCAGCCGGCGCCGAAGCAGCCGACCCGGGCCGACAUCCUCCACGCGGCCGGCGUCUCGCUCCGGAACCAGGCGACGAUCCUCGCGCUGCAGGUCGCGGGCGCCGCGCUGGCCGCGUCCGCCGGCCAGCCCCCGGCCUUCCGCGUGUCGGCCACGCUGCCAGCAGCCGCCGAGGUGGCGCGCGACCUCGUCGUCAGCGCGCUCGCGCGGGAGGCGCUCUUCUACUACGCGCACCGGCUGCUGCACUGGCGGCCGCUGUACCGGCGCGUGCACAAGACGCACCACCGCUUCACGGCGCCCGUCGCGCUCGCGUCGCAGUACGCCCACCCGCUCGAGCACCUCGUCGCCAACACCCUGCCGAUUGUCCUGCCCCCGCUGCUGCUGCGCUCCCAUGUCCUCACGCUCUGGCUGUUCCUCGCCUGCCAGCUCGUCGAGACGGCGACGGUGCACAGCGGCUACGACUUCUUCUACGGCCUGGCUAGGAAGCAUGACAGGCACCAUGAGCGCUUUGAUGUGUAUUUUGGGGGACUGGGAUUGCUGGACUGGUUUCAUGGGACCGACGAGUCGGAUCGGGCGAGUAUGAAGAAGAAGGAGUAA